GUAGAGAUGGCGUUAGCAGCUAAAUAAAAAUAUCACACUUUCUUCAAUAUGGAAAAUCUAUGUGAAUUUGAAGCAACGGUUGUAACAGGAUUUGAAAAAGUUGCUGCAGAAGAGGUUAAAGAAAAAUUUGACGUCGAUAGCAUUGUAGAAAGAGGCUGCAUUCAAUUUACCAUACCUGUUAGCAAAGCUAAGGAGGUUGUUUUGGAUUUGCAAUCUAUUGAUAAUGUCUUUAUUAUCAUUAAUCACUUUAGAGACUUUAAAUUUGCCAAUACGACGAUUGAUAAUUGUCAACAAUUUAAAGAGCUAAUACCAAAUAUAGAUUGGAAAAGGGCAAUAGAAUUAUGGUCUCUGUUUCAUUCGUUUCCACAUCCUAUCGACCAUAAUCCUGCACCUGGCUGGGAAGAGAGGAUCAAAAUAAAGCCACCUCUCGAUUAUAGAUGUUCAGAUGAAGAUAACAAAUCAUUUGAUAAAACUAAACCAAAAUUUAGGGGUACUUGCUUUAGAGCUGCAUAUAAAAUGAAACAUAAUUUCCAGUCAACUGACCUACAAAAAUUUUUCGGAGGUGGGAUUCACGACUACUUCAAUUGGAAUGUCGAUUUAAAAAAUUUUGACAUUGACUGCGUUCUAUUCGUUCAGGAUGAUCAUGUCUACGUUGGUGUAGGAGUUACUAAAAGCUCAUUGCACAAACGUCAUUUAAUAGCAUUUACGUCUACUUCUCUUAGAUCAACUAUAGGCUAUAAUAUGUGCAGAUUGUGCCAUAUACAACCUGGAGAGGUUGUCUGUGAUCCUAUGUGCGGUGGUGGAUCGAUUCCUAUCGAGGCCUGUUUGAAUUGGCAAGAAAACAUUCACCUUUGCGGAGAUAUUGAUGAAAAACUACUAUCAAAGUCACUUACAAACUUGGAAAAUGCUGGUGUUAUUCAUAAAAUGAGCAUUCAUAAAUGGGAUGUAACUGCUCUACCUUUAAAAGAUAACUUUGUAGAUGUAUUUGUCACGGACAUGCCUUUUGGAAAGAGAAGCGGCUCGAAGAGAAACAACUGGGAACUAUAUCCAAAAGCCUUAACUGAAAUGGCAAGGGUGUGUAAACAAGAAUCAGGCAGGGCUUGUCUUCUAACUCAGGAUAAGAAAUGUAUGCUACAUACUCUAAGUAAACUAUCCCAUUUGUGGAAGAGAUGUCAAACUAUUGGUGUCAAUGUUGGAGGAUUAGCAGCAGCUGUAUACUUUUUGCGAAGACUUUGA